CUCAAAAUCUACACCGAUGGCUCCUGCUCAAACGUGGGUCAGCCAAACGCCUCCUCUGGGUCGGGGAUCUUCUUCGGCAACCCUUCGCAUCCACUUAACACCGCCGCACGCGUUACUGGAACCCAAACCAACAACCGGGGUGAACUUCUGGCAGUACUUAUUGCCAUCCAGAAGUCCCAUUCGAAACGCCGCCUCGCAAUUUACUCCGACUCCGAAUAUACGAUUCGCUCCAUUGUCUACCGUGCGCCAAAGGAAGCGCAAUCCAACUGGACCUGCGCUAACGGCGACAUUAUGUGCGCCAUUGCGCGGUGGGUUGCCUCUAGGGAAUCACCAAUUGUGUUCCACCACGUCCGUGCUCACUCAAAUAAUGCUCAUAACGACGCCGCUGAUACCUUGGCGAAACUGGGGUCU